AGUACAGCCAUAUACAUACACAAAAAGCUAGCACAUAGAACUGUCCACAAACCAUCUCAAACAUUCCUUUUUCUGUUUUUAAAACCACUUGCUCAAAAACCUGCUGAUUUUUCUUUUUGCAUAAAAUACUUUCUGCUUGUUGCUCCUCUCCUUCUUAAUCAAUGGAUACUGCUCAAUGGCCACAGGAGAUAGUGGUGAAACCUAUGGAAGAGAUAAUACCAAAAAGUACAAAUACAAUUACUACAAUAUGCUCAUCAAAACCUAGUACACAUGUUGAAAGGAAAAUUAGGCCUCAUCAAAAGGACCAAGCAUUGAACUGUCCAAGGUGUAAUUCAACAAAUACAAAGUUUUGUUACUACAACAACUAUAGUCUUUCUCAACCAAGAUAUUUUUGCAAGACUUGUAAAAGAUAUUGGACUGAAGGUGGAUCUCUUAGAAGCAUUCCUGUUGGUGGGGGUUCAAGAAAAUCCAAAAAAUCAUCAUCUACUAAUUCUUCUUCGUCAAAUACUGUGUUGCGCGAACUUUCCAAAACUGUUGCUGAGUCAGUUUUGGAUCCUCCUAAUAAUGAAGGGAGCCAAGAUCUCAACUUGGGAUUUUCAUUUGAUUUCAAGACUAUCUCUGAGCUAAUCCAAGUACCUAAUAACUCCUUUAUGCCAAUGCCAAUUUCUGAUCCAAAUUCAGUUUACUCAUCACUAAAUUUCUCUUUGGAUCAUGGUCUUGGAAUUAGUGGUGACUAUGAAAAUAAUCUUCAAGAUGUGCAAGAGAGUACAACAAGUGGAAGACUUUUGUUUCCUUUUGAAGAUCUAAAGCAAGUUUCAAACACAAGUAUUGAUGGUGCUGAGGAAAAUAGAGAUCAGCCUACUGGAGAAUCAACUGGAUAUUGGAAUGCAUUUUUGGGAGAAAAUGGAGGAUCUUGGUAAUUGAAAAAAUAGUCUAUAAAAUUAUUUAUCAUGGAUUUUUUUUUUCUAUCUUUGUGGGGUUUUCUUUUUUAUUUUUGUGCUCUUUAUUUAGUGUUUAAUGGUGGGAUAAAUUUAUUUCCUUGAAAAGCUAACUCAUAGGAUUAAUGGGUUCUUUAAUCUCCUAGAUCUCUUUAUUUUUCAAUGUAGUUAAUAUCUUUAAUUCAACUUUUGAUCAUGGUUGGGUGGGAGGUUUGAAGCUUAUUUUAGAUUGGCUUCACUACAGUGAACUGGUGGAGAAAAUAACAUAUAACACAUUAUGUAUAUUGACCUAAGUUUGUAUUGAGUUUGUGAGAAUCAUCAUUUAAAGUUAUGUUUAU